AUGGGAGUGCCCAGGGAACAAGUAUCCCUGGGGUGUGGGUACCCUGCAGGGGUUCCCUGGGGGUGCGACUCUGGUGAGCUGGGACUGACGGAUGUUUGCACUGUCCCAGCGGAGGAGGAGAAACCAUCCUUCUGGAACAAGAAGGCAGCUGCAGCCAUUGAAGCCUCCCUGAAAAUCCAACCCAGGAGAAGCCAAGCUAAAAACCUCCUCCUUUUUCUUGGGGAUGGAUUUGGGAUCCCCAGCAUCACAGCCACCCGCAUCCUAAAGGCGCAGCUGCAGGGGAAGCUGGGCCCUGAGACCCCUCUUGCCUUGGAUGCUUUCCCCUACGUGGCUCUCUCUAAGACCUACAGUGUGGACAGGCACGUCCCUGACAGCGCGUCGACAGCCACAGCCUAUCUCUGCGGGGUGAAGGGCAACUACAAGACCAUAGGGGUGAGCGCGGCCGCCCGAUACUUGCAGUGCAACACCACGGCCGGCAACGAGGUGAUCUCAGUGCUGCAGCGAGCCCGCAAAGCUGGGAAGUCAGUGGGCAUCGUGACCACGUCGCGGGUGCAGCACGCGUCACCCUCGGGGACCUAUGCGCACGUGGUGGACCGGAACUGGUACGCGGACUCCAGCAUGCCCCAGGAGGCGCUGCAGCAGGGCUGCAAGGACAUCGCCCUGCAGCUGGUCCACAACGUCGACAUCAAUGUGAUCAUGGGUGGUGGUCGGAAAUACAUGAGCCCCGUGGGAACGCCGGACCCCGAGUACCCCACUGACAGCGGGCAGAACGGGAUACGCGAGGAUGGGAGAAACCUCAUCAACACGUGGGUGGAGGCACGGCCGGGUGCCCGCUAUGUCUGGAACAGGACAGAGAUGCUGGCUGCUGCGGCCAACCCCAGCGUGAAUUAUUUGAUGGGUCUGUUUGAACCUGGGGACAUGAAGUAUGAACUGGUACAUAACGCCACCCUGGACCCAUCACUCAGUGAGAUGACAGAGGCAGCCAUCACCAUCCUGAGCAGGAACCCCAAAGGGUUCUACCUCUUUGUGGAAGAUAACCCACCGUGGGUGCCAUCUGCAGGUGGCAGAAUCGACCAUGGCCACCAUGAAGGCGCAGCCCAAAAGGCACUGACGGAGGCGGUGGAGUUUGACCGGGCCAUCGAGCGGGCAGGCACCCUGACAGACGAGGCUGAGACCCUCACUGUUGUCACCGCUGACCACUCACACGUGUUCUCCUUUGGUGGCUACACCCUGCGUGGCUCCUCCAUCUUCGGUCUGGCACCCAAGACAGCCAUUGACGAGAAGAACUACACAUCCAUCCUCUACGGGAAUGGGCCAGGAUACCCAGGCACUGAGCGACCCAACGUGGACCAGGACACAGCCAUGCGGUUCGAUUACCUGCAGCAGGCGGCCGUGCCCCUCAAGUCGGAGAGCCAUGGUGGUGAGGAUGUGGCCAUCCUGGCCAAGGGUCCUAUGGCCCACCUCUUCCACGGGGUGCAGGAGCAGACCUGUGUAGCCCACAUCAUGGCCUACGCCGCCUGCAUCGAGCCCUACACUGACUGCCGCCACGGGAACUCUGCCCCUGGCAUCCGCGCCACGCCCCUGGCCCUGCUCCUCCCUCCCCUCCUUCUGCCCCUCUUCCACUGA